GAUUUGAACAGCACUGAAAUCCCAAGGGCCCUGGUCGUGCCACAGUUAUAAAGACCCACACUCUGUCCCCACUUUGAUCGUUGCCUUCACUUGAACGUCCUGAUACAGCCAUCACAAUGCUCUGGGAAAAAUCUCAACCAGCAGCUGAGGUGCGGCCCAGACCAUACCAAGGGGUUCGGGUGAAGGACCCAGUCAGAGAGCUACUCCGGAGGAAAAGAAGUGCAGCACCCCCUAACUCCAAGGCAACGGCUCCAACUGUGGAGGUGGGACCUUUUGUCAGUCAAGGACUAUUCUCCAGCUCUGAGUCUUCUGCAGCACUGAGUGAAGGGUGCUCUGGGUGGAGAGCUGUGCCCACCUCUGGCUGCCCUGUCCAGCCUACUCUCCUGCCCUGGUCUGCCCCUGAAAGCAACCCCCAGGACGGCCUAGCUCCGAGCCAGUCCUAUUCCGUCACCACUGCCCUCUCCACUGGCACAGACCUCUACAUGUCCACCCUGUGCCCUAGCUACACCAUGCUCACCUACACCCAUGCUCCUCUGCUAACUAACUUUGGUACUAUCCCAGUGGCUCCAGUGCCCACCCCUCUGCCUCAGAUGGACUCAGACUCGGGGCUCACAUACCUGCCCUGGACCACCAUGUCCAGCAACGCAGCGCUGAGCGGGUCCCCCCUGCUCCAUGUGCCUCUCUCCAUGUCUUUGGCCACAAUGAUCCCUCAGCUGGACCCACAAGUGUCAAACGCAGAUACGCAAAUACUGGAGGCACCGCUGCAGCCUGUAGCAGAGGGACCAAGUGAGGGGCAGAGUGACGGACAGAGUGAGGAGGAAGACCCAGAGAAGCAGGAGUCUCCCAGCCUUCUGGAUAAACUUUUGGAAGAGCAAAAAGCUGAAGAUGAAGAAGAUAAAGACUUAUACAGUGACUCAAUCUAUGUCACAAAUGUGUAAUAAAAGGAAAUUCUUUGAUGUUACAGUUUAUAAUAAAGAGAUUUUAUCAACUUUU